AUGAGAGCUGCACAUUCCACGGGUGAGGCGAUAUCUGUCAACGAAAUCGACGAGCCGGAGGAAUAUGAGGAAGCGGCAGAUCUACACGAGUACCUCGCUGGUCCAAUCCUUACACCCCCAUCUCCGCAUGCAAUCACCGGGGAAAUGAGCCCCAUUACCCGGGGCCACGAAUUCAGCGGCACAAUUAAGGAUGUCGGGUCCGGUGGUUUCUUGGCUAUAGAAGGGGACUAUCAGAUCAUCUGGUUGGUUGUGCAGGAAAAGCAUGCCAUCCUUUUACCGGAUGAGUUUCCCUUGGAUCUAGGUGCUCUCGUGGAGCCCCUGACUGUAGCCUGGUACGCCGCGAGUCGCCGCCCCAUCCAAACUACGCGCACGGUACUCGUGGUGGGAGGCGCUCCCAUCGGUCUCACGAUGGUUCAAGUGUUCAAAGCUCGCGGGGCGGAAUCCAUCGUAGUGGCGGAGGUGUCACCUCUGCGUCGGGUGUUGGCUCGAAAACUGGGCGCUGCAGAUGUUGUAGACCCUCUCACGGAAGAUGUUGUGUCCAGGAUGCGCAUGAUGGCGGGUGACGCGGGGGCAGAUAUAGUGUUUGAAUGCUCUGGAGUGCAGGCGGGACUGGAUACGGCCCUCGCUGGGAUUCAGGUCCGGGAAACCGCAACGAUUGUAUCGCCGUGGGAGGAGAAACCGGUGAUUGAUGCUUUUGAUAUGGGUUUAUACGAGAAGCAUGUUAUUGGGUCUGUGGUGUACGAUGAUGGAAUAUUCGAGGCUGUUGUUGAUGCUAUCUGGUCUGACCCUCGACUGAUGGUGACCAGUAAGAUCCGUCUGGAAGAGGUAGAGGACAAGGGUUUUAAAGCGCUGAUUAAUGAGCAGGAUAAGCACGUUAAGAUCCUAGUUGAUAUUCCUGCUUAA